CAACUCUUCACUGUGUUGCAUUAUUUGCUUUCUCUUCCAACACUUCAUGACGUUAUCAAUUCCUUCCAUGGAACUUGUCUCAUCGACUUCCAAACUCCCACGGAUGUACGACGUUCUCAUCAACUUCACCGGAGAAGAUAUCCGUAGGAAAUUUGUUUCUCAUCUCGAUUAUGUCCUCUCUUCUGUUGGAUUAACUACUUUCCUUCAGCACGACAAUGCAGUGCAGCCAAAACACAUCCAAGAGCCUAUUCUGAAUCUGUGUCGGGUAGCAAUUGUUGUUUUCACCGAAACCUAUUCUCAAUCUGCUUGCUGUCUUCAUCAGCUCCAACAAAUCAUUGAAUGGCACGAAACUUACGGCCGACAUGUUUUGCCCGUAUAUUACGAAAUUCAGCCAUCCGAUGUACGUCUCCAGAAGGGUGACUUUGGGAAAGCCUUCAGAGAAACUGCACAUCAAACAUUUUCAGCACAAGAACUGGAGCAUGGCAUGUCCAGGUGGAGUCACGCAAUCACAAAAGCUGCAAAUUUCUUUGGAUGGGAUGAUUGCAAUUACAGGAGUGAUGCUGAACUAGUGGACACAAUUGUUAAGAGCAUUAUUAAUUUACCAGUCUUGUCUGCUACAAAAUUUCCAGUUGAAUUACAUUCUCUCGCGGAAGAAGUGAUUCAAAUUAUAAAAGAUAAAUCAACGGGACUUUGUAGGAUAGGGAUAUGUGGAAUGGGAGGAUCGGGUAAAACCACCCUUGCCAAAGCCAUCUACAGUCAAAUUCAUGGUACAUUUGUGGAGAAAAGUUUUAUUGAAGAUAUUUCAGAAGUUAGUCGGACGAGAGGGCAUGUACAUUUACAACGACAGCUUCUUUCAGAUGUCCUGAAAACAAAGGUAGAGAUACAUAACGUUGAAAUGGGAAGAAGUAUGAUUCUGGAAAGACUUUAUCGGAAAAGGGUGCUCAUUGUACUUGACGAUGUGAAUGAACAUUGUCCAUUAGACCUAUGGGAAAGUAGGGCAUGGUUCGGUGAAGGAACAGUAAUAAUCAUUACAACAAGAGAUGAAGACCUGCUAAGGAAACAUGAAGUUCGUUCAGUUUAUCGGAUAGAUCUAAUGAAUGAAAACAAGUCCCUUGAACUUCUUAGUUGGCACGCAUUUAGAGAAGCAAAACCAAAAGCAGAAUACAUUGACCUUGCAAAAAGAGUAGUUUCUAGAUGUGGAGGACUACCUCUAGCUCUUGAAGUCAUUGGAAGUAGUUUAUUUGAAAGGACGAAAGAAGAAUGGAAGAGUGUAGUGUCAAAAUUAGGCAAUAUUCCCCCACAUGAAGUUCUACAAAAAUUGAAAGUAAGCUUCGACAGUUUGCAUAAUCAAAUGGAAAAAGAUUUAUUCCUUGAUGUAUGCUGUUUCUUUGUUGGUAAAGGCAAAGCUUAUGUUCGGAAGAUUCUAAAUGGCUGUGGAGUAGACGCUGAUAGUGCAAUAAGAGUUCUCAUAGAGCGUAACUUCAUCAAAGUUAAAAAGAACAACAAAUUUGGAGUGCAUCCUCUGCUACGAAAAAUGGGAAGAGAAGUUAUUCUUGAAAUUUCAAGAAAGGAACCUCGAAAUAAGAAUCGGCUGUGGCUUGAUAAGGAUAUGCAUCACGCACUAUUAGAGAAUACUCUCUUUUCAUCACAGGAGAACAAAAUCAUUCACAGAUGGCCUAUGGAAAAGGAUUUAUUUGAACGUUAUCCUCCUUUAGAGAUAAGUGGCCCAUUAACAUUGGUGAAAAUCACUAGAGAUUCUGAGUUCCAUCCUAAGAAACUGAAAUGGAUCAGUAGGCAAGGGUUUCCUACAGAAUACCUACCUAACGAACUUUAUCUGCAUGAUGCUAUGGUGAUUGAUUUAAAAUACAAUCUUCUUCGAUUCUUCUGGAAGGAACCUCAGGUUUUGGUGUCCCUAAAAGUCCUUAAUCUCAGUCACUCCAUGUACUUGACAGAAACCCCUGACUUUUCUAGACUACCACGUCUUGAACAGCUCAUUCUCAAAGAUUGCCGAAGAUUGCGUCAAGUACACCAAUCUAUUGGAUGCCUCUGCAAUCUUACACUUCUAAAUGUGAAGGAUUGUACAGGUCUAAACAAUCUCCCAGAAGAAAUAUAUAGGUUGAAAUCUUUAAAAACUCUCAUUCUCUCUGGCUGUUCAAAGAUAGACCUAAUUGAAAAAGAUAUAGGGCAAAUGGAAUCCUUGAUAACUCUAAUUGCUGAAAAUACAGCUGUGAAACAAGUGCCUUUUUCCGUUGUAAGCUCAAAAUGCAUUGGACAUAUUUCCCUACAUCAUUUUGAGGGAUUGUUAUAUAAUCUUCUCCCUUCUAUCAUUCGGUGUUGGAUGUCGCAAACAGUGAAUCCCCUAUCUUAUAUUCAUUCCUUUUGCAUGGAUAAGGAGCAUAAUAGUGGGGAUGACAUUAUUCCACUAUUUAACACCCUUGCAAAUCUUCGAAGCGUUUUGGUGCAAUGUGACACCGAGUUUCCACUAUCUAAGCAAGUAAGAAUUACUAUGGUGGAAUAUGUUGUAAAUAUUUCAGAAUCAGAAAUUUCAAAGCAUCACUUCAGAUUUUCUUUGAUUGGCUUUGGAAGACACAGAGAAUUCUUCAAUACUGUGAGCGAUAGCGUAUCUCAGGUAUUGGCAAGCAGUGAGUCAAGUGAUGUUUCUCUCCCUGGCGGCAAUGAUCCUUAUUGGUUGGCCCAUAUGGGUGAGGGACAUUCUGUUUCUUUCACUUUGCCUCAGGAUCGUGUCAUGAAAGGAAUCGCUUUGUGUGUUGUUUAUUUUUCAACCUCCAAAAUCAUCGAACCUAAAGUUGCCACUGUCUUAAUUGUUAAUUACACGAAGUGCACAUUACAAAUGCACAACCAUAGCUCAGUAGUGUCCUCUAACGAUGAAGAUUGGGAUUUCAUAAGUUCAAAUUUAGAAUCUGGAGACAAGGUGGAGAUUUUUGUGACUUCUGGUCAUGGAUUACUGAUCAAGAACACAGCUGUCUAUCUUAUAUAUGGUGAAUCAAAUGACUUGGAAAUGGAGCCUUGUCCUGAGCCAAAGAAAAAUGGUUUAAAUAAAUUCAUUAAGAAAAUGUUAAUAUGUGACUUCUGUUAAGUUAAUGUUCUUUUUUGAGAACAGAAAAGGAGCUGGAACCAAAGAAAAAUUCCUAAGGAUCUCUGGUAAUGAGACUUCUGUGGUUGACUAAACAUAUUACACGUUAAGAUACACAACCAUUGCAUAGUAUUUUCAUUUUAUGAGAAGACUAGCAUGGCAUAAUAUCAAAUUUACAAUGUGGAGACAAGGUGGAGAUUUUUAUGACUUUUGAUCAUGGAUUGUUGGUUAAAAAGACAGUCAGGUAUCUGAUGUAUGGUGAGCCAGAGAAAAAUUUCCUCAUUAGAUUCAUAAAGAAAAUUGUAAUGUGACUUGUGAAUUCGCCUCUUCAACUUCCAAACUCCCACAGAAGUACGAUGUGCUCAUCAACUUCACUGGAGAAGACAUCCGCAGGAAAUUUGUUUCUC